AAGCUGGGAGAAGUAGGGCCCCCACUCCUGGGAGUGGCGGCAAAAAGCAAACAUGGACGAGGAGCUCCAGGAGGUGCGAGACAACUUCUAUGUUGGGAACUUCAACAAGGCCUUGAGUCUCUGCGAGUCUGUGAAAGGCUCUAGCGAACUCACGCAGAGCGAGCUUGGGGCGACCCUGGCCCGCUGCUGCCUCUCCAUCCCGCAGAUUGAUCGACUUAAGGCCAUGCAGAACUCGGAGAUUCCUGGCCAGAGAGCUGCGGCUUUGAUGGCUGUCAUCACCAAGUCCAAGAGUGCACAGCAGGUCUCUAGCGCCAAGGAGCGCUUAGGAGCCUUGGCCAAAGAGACCCAGGACAUGAGCUGUGCCAUGCUGAAUGCCAUGGUCCUGGCCAUGGAUGGCAGCUGGAAUGAGGCGGCGCAGAUGACAAAGGCACAUCCAGUUCUGGAAAUGCAGGUGCUGACCAUCUUUCUGGCGCUUAGCUGUAACCAAGUGGCCAUGGCAGAAAAGCUGCUAAAGGAGGCAUCUGGAAAUAAUGAUGACUCUGCGGCCUAUCGGCUGGCGGCCGCUGCCGUGAAGCUAGCGACGGGGGACCCCGAGGAAGCGUACCUGACUUAUUGCGACCUCUGCUCUCAGUUCCCCGCCGUUGAGGGUGAUGAUUCGGGCUCUGGAUCCGUCCUGCUGCAGACUGGCAAGGCUUUGGCCAACAUGCAGCGGGGUAUGUUCUCGGAAGCAGUGGAGGACUUGCAGAGGGCUUUGAGCAGCAACCCCAACGACCCGGAUUCCUUGGUGAAUAUGUGCUGCUGUAUGACUCACCUUGGCAAGAAGGAUGAGUUCCAGCAAUACUAUUCCAAGCUGGAGCAGGUGGCUCCCACCAACCCGUUUGUGCUGAAAACACAGGGCAUGACCACUGCAUUCACGCGCUUCCAGGCUUCAUUGCAGGUGUGAGCCGAGCUUGCAGUGACGUCACAAACCGGUUAUUGGGUUCAUGGAGC